AUGGGCGCGGCGACGCGGGGAUCGGAUGGCCAGAUCAACAGUGGGCAGACCAGCAGGCGUCGGGCGAAGGCAGACCGGCAGGUGGCGACGGCGACGGUGCGGGCUGCGGCAGAACGGAGGUGCGGCGUCGGCUGGUCGUCGAGGACAGAGGCGGAGGCUGGUUGUGGGCGUUGGGCAGAGGCGCAGGCAGCGGCGGCGUUUGAGCGACGCUGCAACGGCUCGGGCAGAGCAGAGGCAGGGGCGUCGGGAGGGCAGAACGGCGACCUGCAAGGGGAACAGAGAACAGAAGCAGCGGCGGAGGAGUCGGGCGCGGGCUGCUGGGUGGCUGCUCGCGCUGCGACCAGCGGCGACGAACGGCAAAGGGGGCGUCGACGGCUGACGUCCAGACAAGAGCAGCGUUCGGACAGCAGGCGGAGAGGGCGUCGGGCGCUGGUGCAAGCGCGGGUGAGGCGCGGGAGCGGGGCUCAGGCGGAGGGAGACACGCGGUCGUCGACGCUCGGGGUUGCAGCGGUGGUGGUGCGGCCAGAGGAAGGCGGAGCGAGCGACGGAGCGGCGGCGAGCGCGGCGACGGCGGUUGCGACGAGCGAGCGGCAUGAGACGUCGGUGAUGCGCGGCGGUGGCUGGCGACCGGACUCGGGCGGCGCAGACGGGCGGGAUGAGAUCCUCAUUACUCACGUUCCAGGCUUUGAUGGCUCUUUACCCUCUAGUCAUUACGCAGGGUACGUCGCUAUACCGGGAAACCCUGGAAAGAAGAAUUUGUUCUACUAUUUCAUUGCGUCUGAAAGGAAUCCUAGCAAGGACCCUGUAGUACUGUGGCUUAACGGAGGACCCGGUUGCUCCAGCUUCUAUGGUUUUGUUUUCGAACAUGGACCAUUUAAUUUUCAAGCAGGAAAGUCAAACGGAAGCUUGCCCAUACUUCAGCUCAAUCCCUUCAGCUGGUCUAAGGUCUCCAACAUUAUCUAUUUGGAGUCACCAUGUGGAGUGGGUUUUUCAUACUCUAACAAUCCACGCAAUUAUGCGACAGGAGACCUUCAAACCGCCUCUGACACUCAUGCCUUUCUUCUCAAGUGGUUCGAGCUCUAUCCAGAGUACCUUUCAAAUCCAUUCUACAUAUCAGGAGAGUCAUAUGCUGGAGUUUAUGUGCCAACUCUUGCCUCCAAUGUAGUAAAAGGAAUUAAGAAAGGUGAAAAGCCUCUGAUCAAUUUCAAGGGUUACCUCAUUGGAAAUGGGAUUGCAGAUGACGAAUACGAUGGCAAUGGUCAUGUGCCUUUCUUCUUCGGUAUGGCGCUGAUCUCAAGCGACAUCUUUGAGGAUUGUCAGGCUACAUGUAAAGGGAAAUUUUAUGACCCCCCAAAUGACCGAUGCCGACAGAAUCUUCUCAAGGCUUACGCGGCUGUGAAAGAUUUGAAUAGCUACGACAUUCUUGAGCCAUGCUACCGCUACCCAGGCAACAAGGUCACGAGUCUGCCUCUUGGCCACCAUUAUUUGGGGGUGACUGAGAAGCCUCUCUUAGGAAAGGACAACAUGAUUACAUCGAGUCCCCAGUCGGCAAACGCGUUUCACAUCCCAUGCUUUAAUGAUGAUUUCGCAACCGCAUGGUUAAACAACGAAGCAGUUCGGGAAGCAAUCCACGCAGCACCGGCGAGUGUGGCAGGUCCUUGGGAGAUAUGUCCCACUAGAGUGCGGAGAAACUAUACCAUCGAUACAGGAAGUAUGAUCCCGUAUCACAAAAGUUUGAUUUCUGAGGGAUACAGGGUACUGAUAUACAGUGGAGAUCAUGAUUCAGUCGUACCUUACACUGGUACUCAAGCGUGGACCAGGUCACUUGGAUACAAAAUUGUUGAUGAAUGGAGAUCAUGGAUCUCCAGCGAGCAGGUCGCUGGGUAUCUGCAAGGGUAUGACCACAACCUCACAUUCCUAACUGUCAAGGGAGCGGGGCAUGCGGUCCCUCAAUACAAGCCGCGGGAAUCAUUGGAUUUCUAUACUCGCUGGCUAGAUGGAAAACCAAUUUGACAUUACUACAUCGCCUCUGGCUUAUUGAAAGGGGAUCCUUCUACCAUUUAGUCUGAAAAGCAGGAGAAAUAGAACUUAUGUACUCGAAAAGUUCAUCAAGUUUACAAUAAGAGCUUUCUUUGCGGUUUCUUGAUUUCUCCACUGUUCUUAGCACAAACAAACCGACUUGAAUUUGGCCUAUAUUCUAACAUAGGGAGAGAUCAGUACUCCCGACUUUUGUUCAAUUUCUCGAGAGACUAGGCGAAAUGAGCUUUGUUAUUG